AUGAAGGUGAUAUUUUUACGAUGGCGACGACUCCUUGUGUUUCUUAUUCCAUUGGCCUGCUUCCUGUUACUAUUCACGCAGUGGUACUACAGUCGGGAUAUGGAAGCCCAAAUUGAAGCAGAUAAACUUAAAGCAGGAUUAUUCGCACCCGACCACGCUCCAGAUGACAAUGAGCAUCACAACGCUUUACCUCCAGUCCAUCAACCGGAUGCUAUAGGGGCAAUGAAAGAGCACGAGGCGAAUGAUUCACCGGCGCACGCCCCAGUUCUACCAGCUAUAGAUAGGCUAAAUUUACAUCCUCGUGUCCCACCCCCGAAGAGUGAUGAAAAUUCUGUCGGUCCUGGUGAGGGUGGUGCCGGGUUUUCGGUUAAUCGUGAUCGCUUGUCCAAGGAGGAACAAGCGCGAUAUGAUCAAGGCUGGCAAGACAACGCCUUCAAUCAGUACGCAAGUGAUAUGAUCAGUGUUCGGCGCUACGUGGUUGAUCAACGGGAGGGCGCGUGCCUUACUCAGAAAUACCAGUCUGUUUUGCCUUCCACGUCCGUGAUCAUUUGUUUUCACAACGAGGCCUGGAGUGUAUUGCUACGCUCCGUACAUUCCGUAAUUGACAACUCUCCGCCGGAAUUGCUGAAAGAAGUCAUUCUCGUGGACGAUUUCUCUGACAAACCUAUUCUGCUUGCCAUUCCCUUCGAACCCGCUCAAAUGGAUUAUUCAGAUUUGGUCUGCGGAACUCAUCUGAAGGAACCACUCGAGGAAUACAUGGCUCAGCUGAAAAUAGUCAAAAUCGUUCGAGCGAAACAAAGAGAAGGCCUAAUUCGAGCCCGAAUGCUUGGUGCACGGGCUAGCACAGCUGAGGUGUUGACGUUUCUGGACUCACAUAUCGAAUGCACCAAAGGCUGGCUGGAACCACUUCUGGACCGAAUACAGAUCAAGCAAACCAAUGUUGUCGUCCCGGUGAUCGAGGUAAUAAGCGACAAAGAUCUGCGAUAUCAUCGUGCUAAUGUGAACAAUAUCCAAGUGGGUGGAUUUGACUGGGAUCUCAUAUUUCAUUGGCAUGCCCCACCUGAGCGGGAUCGUAAACGACCAGGUGCACCUUAUUCUCCGAUGAGCUACGUUGAGGACCAAGCAAUCGAUGACACAUGGUACAGCCGUUGA